AGUCGCGGCGAGAAGGAGCUUCCGGGACUUCUACGGGCGGCCGGCGACUGCGGUGAUUGCGGGGAUGUGAUGCAGAGUCGGAAGGGUUGAUAUCGUCGGGGACAUGAAACCAACUGUUGUCGCUGGAGCUGCGGCUAAAGCCGCUGGAAUGCCGUGACCCUGAUGCACUGCCGGAGGAGGGGUGUUCGGUGGGUUCGUAGACGUGCUCGAGGCGCUGGUUACCGGUCACGCUGUAGACUUCAAUUGGAUGUGCACUGCCGUGGGAAGAGAGAGGAAGUUAGCUGAGCUGCCGCAAGCGCGCUCACACCAACAAACCAGCGAUGAUGGUGGUGAUGGUGAUGAUGGUGAUGAUGGUGAUGAUGGUGAUAUGGGUAUAGCGAUUGAGGUAAAACGGCUGAGCACGACCAGUGUGAGGGCAGUGCGCAACAGCGGGGAUGUUUCCUGGUGGCGUGAGGUCUCGCAACGGGCAAACACGGCGGUGUGUGUUGCACGUUGGAUGGAGCUGGAGUCGAUGUGCAACGACGAAAAACAACCAAAGCGGGUGAAAACGGGGAAUGUGGAGGAAGGGUCGGCGCAGCAGGACUUACGGCAUGAAGCAGUUGCUAUUGACCGUGAGCAGCAGAUGUAUCCUGGUCCAAGCGAUUCCAGAGGCGCGGCAGAGAGUGAGGAGGAAAGAAGAGAGAAACGGCACAGCGCAGGGCGAAGAAAAGUGGAAGAUUGUAUGCGUGCAGGUGCGUGAGAGUGUGUGAGUGUGUGAGUGUGUGAGAGAAGACGGAGGAGAGAGGCGGGCAGGAGGGACGCAGGUGGGUAGGCAGGCAGGCAGGCAGGCAAGAACGGUGGUUU